AUGGAUACUACUGCAGUCAUCAACAAUACCAACCUUUCCUUAACAAAUGAUAAACCAAUCAAUGUUAAACUUGUUCUGUUAGGUGAAUCAGCUGUUGGAAAGUCGAGUCUUGUUCUUCGUUUUGUCCAACGAGAUUAUGUUGAGAAUAGAGAGCCUACGAUUGGAGCUGCUUUCUUGACACAAAAAUGUACUUUUCAAGACAAAACAAUCAAAUUUGAGAUUUGGGAUACGGCAGGACAAGAACGGUUCCACUCUUUGGCACCUAUGUACUAUCGCAAUUCUCAAGCAGCUAUUGUCGUAUAUGAUAUAACAAAAGCAUCAACAUUAGAUAAAGCCAAAUCUUGGGUAAAAGAAUUACAAAGACAAGCCAAUGCAGAUAUUGUCAUUGCAUUAGUUGGUAAUAAGGUGGACUUGUGUGAAGAAGAUGAAGACGAAGUAGAGGAGCAACAGCCAGAGGAUGGAGCAGCAACAGCGACAACAAGAAAUCAAAGACAAGUCGCUAAAGAAGAUGCACAAGCCUAUGCAGAUGAAGCAGGCCUUUUAUUUUUUGAAACAAGUGCCAAAUCAGCUCAUAAUGUAGAUUCUGUAUUUACUGCCAUUGCUCAGAAAAUCCCUUCUGAUACCUUAUAUGCUUCUCCGACUGGUGGUAGAGCAGUAGGUGCUACUCGAAGGGGUUCCUCUGUACAGUUAUUGCAACAACAACAGAAAUUCUCCUCUAGUAGCUCAUGUGCUUGUUAA